UAGCCUGUGGCCAACAAACCUGAGUUCGUCCUUUAAAUAAAGAACGAAGCAUCUGUGUCUCUCUGUUCACUUCUUCGUCCCCUUGCUACUACUCCAGUCCACACGACAUGGCCGCCAUGCCCACAUUCGAUCUGCUUGAACGCCGCAAGGAGCGCUUCGUUCUGUGGACUCCAGCCGGCCAGUCUACACCGCGACUGAUUCUCGGCACGUUCAAGACCACGCCAAGUCCUGGAGCGGUGACGACUUUGUUCAGCGGCGACCUGUCACAAACGCAGAACGGUCUCUGGGAGCUCUCUCCUGGUGCCAUCAAUCCACCGCUGGAGAAUGGGAAGGUCUACCAUUACUGGUUCGAGGUGGACAACACUUUCCCUACCCAGACAGGCUCGGGCAAGAUCAAGAUAACCGACCCUCUGGCAUAUACCGUGGACUACAGGCAAUUCGGUGAUCAAACAAGGGACGACUCCCUGCAGCCUCCAGCAGUCAUCAAGUUCCGUGACGGCAAGCUUUGGCCGUGCGAUACUGAUGGGACAGAAUUGAAGGCCAUUCCCGCUCCCGUCCAGCCCCAAGUUCCCGCCAAUAAUCAUAUGGUCAUCUACGAGUUGCCAGCAUCAUGGGCGAAGUCCGGCCCAAAUGGACAGCAAAUCGAUCGAGGGACUUUUGCUGACGUCCAAGCUUUGUUCGAUGAAGACACUCCAGGGCAAAGAUUCAGCAGCAUCCCCGCCGUUCAGAAGGAGGCCAUUGUCGCUGACCUUGGAAUCAAUGCCUUGGAACUUUUGCCAAUCGCAGACUCCAAGUAUAGGGAUCAAUGGGGAUACUCGACCGCUCAUUACUUCGCUCCGGACGCUGAUCUUGGAUCCACUGCCAGCCUCAUCGAGCUCAUCCAAACGAUAACUCCCCAGACGAGACUGAUUCUGGACACAGUCAUGGCUUUUGGCCACGACCCCUACAUAUUUGCCGCUUUUAUGCAGUUCCAUCUUGUUGCUCUCGAUCCUGAUCAUCCAACCGACCCGUUGCAAAAGUUUGCGGAACCCGACAAUCCAGACACUUAUACGUCGCACAACCAAGGACCGAGGAACUCGUACGGAGGUAGUCUCUGGCGGUAUAUCAAGAGUUCCCAGCAGACAUAUGAUCCCCAGAAAGGACAAACGAGCUUGAAUCAUCCGCCGUCGUGGUCUUUCCAUAGAGCUCACCUUCAUCACUGGCUCCUCAACUUCGGUGUUUCUGGAUUCAGACUGGAUAGCAUAAAUAAUGUCGCCAACUACGAUUUCAUCAAGUACUACAAAGAUUACGCAUGGCAAUUGCAUCAGGCGAGAGGCGGCUCGACCGACAAGUUUAUCGUGAUUGGAGAGGAGCUCAGCGUGCCUAAAGAUCUUCUCUCCUCUGGCACUUUGAACGCACUGUGGAACGAACCUUUUCAGGGUCGCCUUCGAGCAGCAAUCAUAGGUGAAGCAGCCGACGGUGACAACUUCGAGUGGACAGUCAGGAAGAUGGUCAACUGUACCCUGGACGGGUAUACGGACGGAGCUCAAGCCGUCAAUUACAUCACCUCGCACGAUGUUGAAGGCGACCGGAAGGAAAGAUUGUACAACUUCCUGUCCAACUGCAAAGUCUAUGAUAUCGAAAGACGUGCUAAGCUAGCAUUCGCAUGCUUUCUCACCGCGGUUGGGAUCCCGAUGAUCUUCGCUGGUGAAGAGUUUUGUGACCAGAUGGACCUCGAUAUUUCCCUGAAACAAUCAGACCCCGUCAACUAUGAGCGCAAAAGUGACGACUGGCGAACUCGAGUCUUCAAUUACGUUGCCACUCUCGUGGACUUGCGCAAAAAUUGCCCUGCGCUUGGCUUGGACGACACAUCUUUCAUCCACGUGGACGAGAGCCGCGGCGGGAAAAUCAUGGCUUGGGUGCGAGGAACGACCAAUCCAGUGGUCGUCGUUGCCAACUUCACCGAUCAAGAUACUCCUGGGCCGCAGUACUACGUGCCGAAUUGGCCCGACAGAAAUCGCAAUGACUGGAGAGAGAUCACGCAGAAUCGGGCUGUGCCAGCAGAGUGGGUUGGAAAUGAGCCGUUGAUGCAAUGGGAGGCAAAGGUUUAUACCUAUUGGAAGCCUGAUAAUGUGAACGGACAGGUGAACGGAGUGAAUGGGACACACAGUGGGUGAUCCAGCUGGCUACUAAGGCUGAAAUGGCUCGGCGAACCCUACUGGGACCGAGGGGCAGGAAGGGCUACUAUUCCAUUGUCAUCCGCUCCAAUCCGAUACCGAGAGAGCCGAUAUUCGAGGUGUUUCAGGCUGGGUGUCUUUAGGGGAUCGGCCAUCGACCAUUGUCGACACUCUAGUACUUGGAGGCUAUAUCGAUU